AUGUACAAUAUUCCUUUUAAAGUACCCGGCAGUCGCGCUGACCGCGAACUACUUUAUUUCUACUGUCGCGAAGCAGCCAACUCCUUAUCUCGACUCUCGGAUACUACGCUGUGGACGAACCUCAUUCUACAGAGAUGUCAAGGCCAAUCCGUUAUCCGCAAUUCUAUUGUUGCGCUCACUUCCCUGUAUUGCGACUAUAUGCUUGUUAGAUCACCGCAGCUUGAAGUCUCAGUCAAACAUAUCCAGCGUACUACCAAAUCGCACUCUCAGCUUCGUGCACAUCUUACCCGGCAGCCUUCAGCUGAGAUUGCGCUUAUCUGCAGCCUCAUAUUCUAUACUUUCGAGUGUUUGAUCGGCAAUGUCCAACAAGCAUUAUGGCAUCUGGAUCGAGGUCUGAUUCUCAUGCAAAGGUUGCAGACGGAUUAUCCGCAUCUUGUGGAUGGCCAGGAGACAUAUGCGGAGUUGCUGGUGAUCUUCUCUCAGCUUGAUAUUCGUGCAAGUAAUUUUUUCACUUGA